AUGCGCGAUGCGAUGGUUGAGAACUCAUCACCAGACGGAGCUGCCAAGGCGCGCGUGCUGCCCAAGAUCAAACAAGCGUCAUCCCGAGCGGUGUUUCUACGCCCAGCAGACAAAGAGACAGAACCUGACGCGCAAGUCGUUCGAUGCGCUGCGUCUGCGGCUAGACCGCGCCACCAGCAUCCUCGAUCGUCUCUUCCUUGCACUGAUUUGGACUCCCUGGCACCUCUGACCCGUGAUGCGUUGAUUGAUCUACUCCAGUCGUCGCGAUGGCAAACCAGUCCCUUUCCGCCGGGCAGUCAGAGCAAUCCAUCUCCUCAGCAGAGCGCGCAGGCGAGCAAUCCAUCGGACUUGCCUGACUUCUCCAACGAUGGCCGGUCCGGGACGUUCGAAUACGAUGAACCCGUCAACAGCUUAGCUGGAACUGAAGCAGUGGCCGUGGCCGACGACGUCAAUUCCCUGUCCCUACGGCGGGACCGCGGUUCUUCUUACUUGGGUGCAUCCUCCGCCGCAGCUGGUCUUCGAGUCCUGUUGAAGAUCGCCCCUGAUACGAUAUUCUCUCGGCAGGAGAGUAUUAAAGGAGGCGCUGGAGUGCCGUCCCUGACGCAACCAUCUCGGUCGUCAAAUGUUCCGCUUCGUGUUGCUCGAGAUCAUCGAGAAUUGAUCGACAAUUACUUCACGCAUGUUCAUCCCGUCACUCCAAUUCUCGACGAAGCUGAGUUUCGCGCGACCUUUGAGUCAGGAAAGAGUCAGGACCCAGCAUGGUUCGCGCUGCUGAACAUGGUUUUCGCCCUCGGGACGAUCGCCGCGACAACGUCCGACUCGGACGACGAUAUCUACUACUACAACGUCGCCAAGUCCUACAUUGGCUUCGACAGUUUUGGCAGCGGCCAUCUCGAGACAUUGCAGGCACUCAUCCUGAUAGCAGGUUGGUAUCUGCACUAUCGCAACCGACCCAAUAUGGCUUCGGCCAUUCUGGGAGCUGUCUUCCGAAUGGCGUACGCGCUUGGGCUCCACAGAGAGCUCCCUGGCGGAGAAGGGACACCGAAUGCGAAGCAAAGAGAGCUCAGACGACGCAUAUGGUGGAGCUUGGUGGUGUUGGAUACCAAUGAGACGACCACUUUCGGUCGUAUCUCGAACAGGCCUAUUUUCGACUUUGCAGUGAACCUUCCCAGGAACAUCGACGACAAGACGGGAGAAGUGGUGUCCGGACCGACGGUUUAUUCAAUGCUCAUCGCCGACAUCGAAUUCUCCAGGCUGGCCAGUCGCAUCCAAGAGCGUCUCGUCUCGUCUCCGCUCCUAUCCUUCUCCGAAAUGUUGACGCUCGAUGCCCACCUUGUCUGCUGGCACGAAAGCUUGCCUUCCUUCUUGCGAGCCCCCGAAUCCCUGCCCCACGUGGCUCAUGCUGUCCUUCGACGUGUUGCAUUUCAAGAUCUUGACGCGGACCAGAAGGUCUGCGUGAGAAAAUGCCAAUCAUUGGCGCGAAAUGCCAUCGAGUGCAUUGGCUCCGAAUGGUCCGAAAACCAGUUCUCCGGCUGGCCGGCAGUCUGGUACCUCUUCCAGGCCAGCAUCAUCCCAUUGCUCUGUCUGUAUUCAUUUAAAGACGAGAGUCAUCAUGUCGAUGAUUGGAACCAACAGGUCCAGAAAUCUAUCGACUUGCUCCGCAAGAUGGAGCCCUGGAGCGUGGCGGCCAAGCGGAGUUGUGAACUGAUCAGCAUGUUGUACGACACGUAUAAAGAGACACUGAAGACGGAUGUUCUCCCCUCAGAAACCGCCAGGCCGACACCGCCAGACCAUUUCUUCGCGGCAGACGUUGCUCCGCCUCUUCCGACGGGACCGCCGGAUUCCACCAGCUUGUCUCUGUGGGAUGGCCUCUUCGAUUCCGCCGAACCCGACUUUCCCGACCUGGGCUUCGGCAUGGAUAGGUUGGACUUUCUGGGCUGA